AACAUAAAGGGAAAAAUAAUAAGAAAUGUAAAAAUGGCAACAUAACAUAUCACCCCUUUCGAGUAGGCAGGGUAAUCAACUGAACCUUCGCCGUUCAACUUCCCAAGAUAAAACAUUUACAUACUUUUGGUCCAGUCGCCCGCUCGUGCAACAAAAAAUGAUGCCCGGUGCAUUUUCCAGCGUUCGAGCUCUCCUCUCCUGUAGAGGAGGCAGCAGCAUCGCGGGCUCCGCGCUGGCCAAUCAGCUCGUCCCAAGGGCGGCCGUCCACCAAUCAGCAGCUCUGCUUUCGAAAGAGCGGAAACUCAACCAGCCCAUGACAGCCCUGAAGAUGGCGAGGCCAGGCGGUAUAGCGUCUUUCAUGCGUCUCCCCAUCCAAGAAGGAACUGAAGGUCUAGACGCUUGCUUCGUUGGCGUCCCGCUGGACACAGGGACAUCGAACAAAAGCGGAGCCCGCUUCGGACCUCGCCAGAUACGCUGCGAGUCUCCCUUGAGGCCCAGUAACCAGGGUACCGGAGUGAAUCCCUUCCUCAGCCUCAAUGUGGCAGAUGUGGGCGACGUCUGGGUGAAUCUCUUCGAUCUGCCAGAAGCAUGCAAGAAAAUACGUGAUCAGUACAGGGAGAUCAUCAAGAAUGGCUGUAUACCACUAUCCAUGGGAGGUGACCAUACCAUAUCUUACCCAAUCCUGCAGGCCAUAGCGGAAAAAUAUGGUCCAGUUGGGCUCAUCCACGUGGACGCUCACCCAGACCUUCAGGAUGAGGUCCUGGGUAGUCCCAUCGGCCAUGGCACCCCGUUUAAAAGAGCAUACGAUGAAGGGCUCCUUGACUGCCCUCGUGUCAUCCAGAUUGGCCUAAGAGGAACUGGGUACAGUCCGGACGACUGUGACAUCGGAAGAAGUUUGGGCUUCCGGGUCGUGGACGCAUACCAAUGCUGGCACAAGAGUCUGGCCCCUCUUAUGGAAGAAGUCAGACAGCAGAUGGGUGAUGGACCGGUCUACCUUUCCUUCGACAUAGAUUCUAUAGACCCUGGCUUCUGUCCCGGCACAGGUACACCCGAGAUGGGAGGGCUGACCCCAAUCCAAGCGCUUGAGAUUGUCAGAGGCUGCAGAGGCAUCAACUUAGUUGGCUGUGAUUUAGUGGAGGUCUCACCACCAUACGACUUCGAAGGCAUCACGGCGGCAACGGGAGCCCAUCUUCUCUUCGAGAUGCUGUGCGUUCUACCAGGGACCAAGAGUCAGCGAUGAAAGCGUUUUUGUUCCGUCUUCCAGACUCCUUGAACGUAGCCUGUAGAUUUUCACCCAAGGAUGACGGGGAAGAAGAAGAAAGCAAACUUCUAGCGAUUAAUCAUCGAAAGCUUUCUACUGUAUAUAUUUUAAAUAACAAAAUCAAACAGGCUUACUACUGUUGAUUUA